GAGCCUCAAGUCUGAUAAAGUCCGACAGCAACGGCUUCACAGCUCAAUUUGGUCUAGAAACGAACAGAACCAGCUCAACCACCACUUAAAGAUCUUUUGAAAAUUUAACUUGUGGGAACCGGCUAUGGUAAAAUUGCGCCAAAUGUUGCUCAUUCUCUCAGCGCUGACAAGUUGGUGUGCGCUCAGUUCUGCAUCGACAUGCCUCGCUGUGGAGGAGGCGUACGGAGCAGUGGUCAACCAGCUACACCCCGGGCAACAGAACUCGCUUCUGGGCGAGGAGUCGCUCGUCGCUCUCUUUAAUACACUGGAGAACCGUGUGCAAUGUGAAAAAGUGCCGUGUGGAAAGUGCAACCUACUCGACGCUGUUCACCAGCUGAUCCACAAUCACAGUGACCAUCGUCAGGCAGGCGUCGAGGAAGUCCUCAAUGUAGACGCGUCGGAAUUCACCGCCCUCGCUGCUGGCUGCGUUCUGUACCUGUCCUCUCCUGACACGGUGUGCGCCGCGGCGGACCAGGGAAGGUGGGGGCAGGAGGUGGAACACUUCCUGCACGGAAUCACAAGCGGGAAUUCCCAUGAACAUUACCAUGAGGAGGAGGAAGAUCACGCAGGGGAGGGCGAGUCAUGCGACGGGCAUGAACAUCCACAUGUGGCCCUUCGUGGAUUAGAACGUGUGCUCAGCGCAUUUCUCAAGCACUAUGAGUCAUCAGACAUUGAGAACUGCAUCACAUCGAGCGACAUCAUGUUGGAGGUGGAGCAGACCCAAGUGGCUGGUGCAGUUCUGGGCCGGAUCUUGUAUCACGCCCUGCGAGGUCGAUGCUUUCAAACACUCCCCGAAGAAAGUUUCUUCCUGGAUUACAUCGUGCACCUGGGCUCGGAGAAUUUUACCAUCACAGACUUGGAGGAUCUCAUGGCUUCUCUGGACAUUGGACCCGAGUUGGAGUCCGACCACGGGCACGACGAACACGAGCAUCACGAUCACGGCAAGCAACUCAGGCAUUCUGAAAUGAACGGCACCUGGGAGGAGCACUGUUUCUCUGCGCACGAGCUGGUACAGAUCCACAACCUGACUGUGGACUCCCCCAAUCUGGGUCGCUCUGACCUGGCUCGUCUUAGCCCGGCGCUAAUCCAGCAGAUCCUGAGCGGGGCCUGCGCUGGCUCGCACCCGACGAAACCAGACGAGCUCAGCAAAACGGAGCGGUACCUGUACGCGACCCUGGCCAACGUGAUCAUCACGUUGAUGUCCAUGUUCGGGAUCGUGUUGCUGCUGUGCACGUCGUGCACCAGCGUCUUCCAGCUGUGCAUCCAGUUCUGCAUCAGCCUGGCUGUGGGCUCGCUCACGGGGGACGCCUUGCUGCAUCUGCUGCCCAUGUUUCUGGGGCUGCACGUGCACACGCACAAAGUCGGCGGAGGCCACCACCCCUCUGAGCUUUCGGAUUACGUCUACAAGAUGUUGGUGGUGCUGGGUGGGAUCUACUACUUCUACCUGAUGGAAACCAUCUUCAAUAUUGUCACGCAUGGACAUCACCACCAUGGGGAUGAAUCUGAACCUCACCACUGCGACCACGGCCGGGUUCUAGAGAUGUAUCAGGAGGAGAGUAAACACAAAUACAAAAUGAACUCAACUUCCAAAACAGACCUGGUAAGAAAUGUCACAUAUUUUAGCUGCAUUAAUAUUAUUGUAACUGUGAUUAUUACGACGACUGUCAAGGUGAAAGAGGAGGAGGAAGAAAAAUAUUUUCACAUGUCCAGAAAGAGGACCAGAGAACAUCGGUUGCUGCCUUACAUGAUCACUAUAGGGGACGGCAUCCACAACUUUGCAGACGGCCUGGCGAUGGGCGCCGCCUUCUCGCUUUCGUGGAAAUCUGGACUCGCCACGACGCUGGCCGUCCUCUGCCACGAGCUGCCCCACGAACUAGGCGAUUUCGCCAUCUUGCUCAACUGCGGCCUGUCGGUACGCAAGGCACUGCUUUUGAAUAUCGGCAGCGCCUUGACGUCCUUCGUGGGCCUUUACAUCGCCUUGAGCGUGGCGACCGACCUGGCCACCACGCAGUGGAUCGCCGCUGUCACCACGGGCCUGUUUCUCUACGUGGGCUUGGCUGACAUGCUGCCCACCAUGAUGCACAUCAAGUCCAAGACGCCGUGGCUGGUGUUCGCCCUGCAGAACGUUGGCCUGCUGUGCGGUUGGGCCAUCCUCCUGCUGCUGUCCGUCUACGAAGAGAGCAUCAGCUUCUAGAGGCCUCGGCCCUACUUUGGACUUGACACUUGUCGUUGUUCUAGGAUGUUAAAUGUCAGACAAGUCUAGAAAAAUAAACAAUUUUACAUAAGGUACACAAAUGAGUGAAAUCAAAACACAGUUGGCUUUACAUUAGUGGUACGAGCGACUCGUUCAAUGGACAAAUGUAUUCAAGUAAUUGAGACAGGACUUUGACUGAACACAACUACACGCACAAGCUGACUGUUUAACAUGCAAUUUCUUCCGAGCCACAUGACAGCAUGCUUAAGUCAUCUUACUUUUGAUUGUAAAAUGCACAAAUGUUCAAAUGUUAUGUAAUUUUGCACAGUUGGGGUUCUUUUGUGUUUGAGUUUAUUAGGGGUCGCACAAGAGCAACAAAUAUUGUGUUAAAGUAUGAUUUUACUUUGGCUCACCAAAACAUUUUCAGGAUGUCAAACAUCUAGUGUGAUAUAUAUUUUGUGAAUUUGCAGUUUGAAUAAUAAAUAUGCCAGCAAAUCACUUAUCUGUUUUACUAGUCUCUUUUUUUUUUUUUUAACUGCUUAAUAAUUCAUAUUUUCAAUUAUUAUCGAGUCUAUUCAACUUUGUCCUCAAACAGGCUGAUGAUACUU